UUUAUGUACAAUUUUUCUCUCUGUUGCAUUCUCCCCCACAACCCUAUAGGACCUGUAUUUCAUUCCUAAUUCCCAUCAAAGUUGGUGGGGUAGCUUAUGCUUUCCCUUUGUCAGAUUCCUAUAUCUAAAAGUAGUAGAAGCAAAACAUUAAGGAAAGAAAGUAGAUUUCCCUUCAAAAGAACAAAACAGACUCUCUACACCCCUCAACUCCUAUUCUCCUACACAAAAACACUUAAAAGGUUCCUAGUUUUUUUUUUCCUCCCUUUCUUAGAUGAAGUCAUGAAGACAAUACCAUCUAUUUCCUGGUCCUAACGAUACUGGUAUUAUCUGUCUGGCUACUGUUACUGAUCUAUUGUCUUUGUCUUUUUGUGAGCCGAGGGUCUAUCGGAAACAACCUCUCUACUCCUUCAGGGUAAGGAUAAGGUCUGCAUACACAUUACCCUUCCCAGACCCCACUUGUGGGAUUUCACUGAUUUUGUUGUUGUUGUUAGACGAAGACAAACAUGGCUAAGAGUUUUCAAGACCUGUCCUCCAAGAGGCAGUUUCACUGGACAACCAAAAUCAGCAAUGAAGAAGCAGAAGUAGAAGAAUAUCCAUCCCUAAUUCCCUCUUCAAACAAAAACAUAACUUCAAAAGUAAUCCCUCAAGUCUCAAGGACCAACUCCAAGUCUUCAUCUUUAAACACUAUCCAUGACAACAAGACAGAUGACAAGAAGUUAAAUCAAGAAUCAGCUACAGCAGUUUCAUCAGCAUCUGUUACAACAACAAGAAGGAAACUGCAAACAAUAACAGUGGCCAGGCUAAAGUCUGUCCUAAUAGCAAUUGGCAGAAACAGGAUACACUUCCAACAAGGUCUUGGAACAAGAGUUGUAGGCACCCUUUUCGGCCACAAGCGUGGACACGUACAUUUUGCAUUUCAGAAAGAUCCCAAUUCACAACCAGCUUUCUUGAUUGAGCUUGCCACUCCUGUAAGUGUACUAGUCCAAGAAAUGGCAUCAGGCUUGGUUAGAAUUGCAUUGGAAUGUGACAAGGAAGAAGAAAAAAAGGUGGCAAGACUGAUAGAUGAGCCUAAAUGGAAAACUUACUGUAAUGGAAAGAAUUGUGGUUAUGCGACAAGACGGGAAUGUGGGCCGAAAGAAUUGCAGAUACUUAAAGCUGUGGAGCCAAUUUCAACAGGUGCUGGUGUUUUGCCAGGGAAUGAAAAUGGGGGUACUGACUCUGGUGAGAUUAUGUAUAUGAGGGCUAAGUUUGAGAGAGUUGUUGGCUCUAGAGAUUCAGAGGCAUUUUAUAUGAUGAAUCCUGAUAGAAAUGGAGCUCCUGAACUUAGUUUCUACUUGCUUAGAGUCUAAGCAGUCAAUGGAAGAUCCCAAUUUUCAAUGACUUAGUUUUGCUUUUCUCUUUUCUUUAAGAGAGUUAAACUGAACUAUAAUCCUUUCUUGAUCUAACUUCCAAAGGCAUGGAGGUCUAGCCACGUCCAAUGUUUUUAGUAUUUUUCUUCUUGUUUUGAAGAAAAUGUGGUUAGAGGAUGGUUUAUGGUUAAUGGUAUACUGUAUUUUUUCUC